AAAUCUGCAAAAGAAGGCACCUCGGAGAGAAGUCCCGUUAUGGAGGGCGGAAUGCAGCUGCUGAACCGUGAUGGCCACAGCAUCUCCCACAAUUCCAAGCGCCAUUACCAUGACGCUUUUGUGUCGAUGAACAGAAUGAGACAGCGAGGAUUGCUGUGCGAUAUCGUCUUGCACGUGGGUAAUAAGGAAAUUAAGGCCCACAAACUGGUGCUAGCCUCAUGUAGCCCUUACUUCCAUGCUAUGUUUACCAAUGAGAUGAGUGAGAGUCGCCAAACGCAUGUGACAUUACAUGACAUUGACCCUCAGGCCUUAGAGCAGCUUGUACAAUAUGCCUAUACAGCUGAGAUUGUGGUGGGGGAAGGAAACGUGCAGACGCUACUUCCUGCAGCCAGCCUCCUCCAGCUGAAUGGGGUCCGAGACGCCUGUUGCAAGUUUCUUCUGAGCCAACUCGACCCAUCCAAUUGUCUGGGAAUCCGAGGAUUUGCUGAUACACAUUCCUGCAGUGACCUGCUCAAAUCUGCACACAAGUAUGUGCUCCAGCACUUUGUGGAGGUUUCCAAGACUGAAGAAUUUAUGCUGCUGCCACUUAAACAGGUGCUAGAUCUUAUCUCCAGUGACAACCUGAAUGUCCCCUCAGAAGAAGAGGUGUACAGAGCCGUGCUGAGCUGGGUCAAACAUGACGUGGAUGGUCGACGGCAGCAUGUCCCCAGACUGAUGAAAUGUGUCCGUCUGCCUCUCUUAACCCGGGAUUUUCUGAUGAGUCACGUUGACACAGAACUUCUGGUCAGACACCACUCAGAGUGCAAAGACCUCCUCAUCGAAGCCCUGAAAUAUCACCUGAUGCCUGAACAGCGCGGAGUCCUCAGCAAUACCAGAACCAGACCUCGGCGCUGUGAAGGGGCUAGCCCCGUACUCUUCGCAGUGGGUGGCGGUAGCCUGUUUGCCAUCCAUGGAGACUGUGAAGCCUAUGAUACCAGGACAGACAGGUGGCACAUGGUGGCAUCCAUGUCGACACGUCGAGCGCGAGUUGGUGUGGCAGCGAUCGGAAACAGGCUGUACGCGGUAGGGGGGUACGACGGCACUUCCGACUUGUCGACUGUUGAGUCCUACGAUCCGGUAACCAAUUCCUGGCAGCCGGAAGUAGCCAUGGGAACCAGACGGAGCUGCCUUGGUGUGGCAGUACUUCACGGCUUGCUGUAUGCAGCAGGAGGAUAUGACGGAGCGUCAUGUUUGAACAGUGCGGAGAGGUUCGACCCACUGACGGGGACAUGGUCCUCAAUUGCUGCCAUGAGCACAAGGAGGCGAUAUGUUCGAAUUGCAACACUAGAUGGCAAUCUCUAUGCUGUUGGUGGAUAUGACAGUUCCUCGCACUUAGCAACAGUCGAAAAAUACGAUCCACAGACUAACACGUGGACCACUAUCGCUAACAUGCUGAGCCGCCGGAGCAGUGCUGGUGUGGCGGUGCUCGAGGGGAUGUUGUACGUCGCUGGUGGCAACGAUGGGACUAGCUGCCUUAACUCAGUGGAAAGAUAUAAUCCAAAAACAAACACAUGGGAGAGCGUGGCGCCCAUGAACAUUAGAAGGAGCACGCACGACCUUGUAGCGAUGGACGGAUGGCUUUACGCAGUUGGUGGCAACGAUGGGAGCUCAAGCCUUAAUUCCAUUGAAAAAUACAACCCUCGCACCAACAAAUGGGUGGCGGCUUCAUGCAUGUUCACACGGCGAAGCAGCGUGGGGGUUGCUGUACUUGAACUACUAAACUUCCCCCCUCCGUCUUCGCCCACUCUCUCAGUUUCUUCAACCAGCCUCUAA